CGUGCAGUGCUGAUAACUCUUUCGAGAGUGUCCGCAUAUUCUCCCAUAAUGUCGGGAUGCCGUAUGACAUAAUGGCAUCAUGAUCCACACUCCAUGAUGGAUAUUCAUACUGUAACGCGUAUGACUGGCCCAGCGGCGCCUGCCGUUCACCAGCAGCUCCUCCGCAGAUCGCGGCGAGAUUCACGGCGGCCAUCGCGGCGGCUAGCCGCGUCAAGAGGCGCCUCGAUGCAUGAUCGCUCCAUCUUCGAGGCGCCUCGUGCAAGGAUCCCCCGACCAAGCCCUCGCUGCAUCAUCAACUCGCGCUGCGCGCAGUGGCUUUCCCUGCUCGCGUUGCUUCUGCUGCUGCGACCGAACUCAUCUCAGGGCGAGGACGUGGCAAACUGCGAUUCGCUGGGCUCCAUCCUCCCUUCCUCCCGUCUGCACUUUGGGUUUCCCGAUUCCCUUUGCGGCAACUGGUGGAAGGAGUAUGUGACACUGCACAAUGGGAUGAGGGAGGAGAGCAGGUCAAGGCAAGCACAGGCCCAAGCCCAAGCAAGUGGAGAAGUCCCUGCUACAGCCACUGUUACUGCUGCCACUGCUGCUACAGCUGCUGCUACAGCUGCUGCUGCUCCUCCUUCUACUUCUCCCCUCUCUUCACCCCCACUCUCCUCCUCCUCCCCUCCCCCUCUCCGCUUUCUCACCUAUGAGGUUCUCUUCGGCUGUGGGGGGCUGGGCGACGCUCUGAUUGGCCUAGCUGCCGCGUUCACUGUAGCACUUUUGGACGGACGUGCCUUGAUCCUCAACCACCCGUGCCUGCCCCAAGCCUUUGAGCCCGCCCACGUGGACUGGCGGUUGACUGACGACGUUCCCAUGGAACCUUCCAGGAAGUACACGUAUGUUCCGCCUGUUGAUGCUGGUGCUGGCAGCACCACCAGCAUUGGGAGUGAGGCACAACCGGGGCCGCCAGAUGCAGCAGUCCAGGCAGGGGAGGUCCUUCGUCUCAACCUAAAGAACCGCGACGUGGACCUUCAGCCCCUCUUUGCCCGCCUUGCCCCCGCCGCUAACAUUCUGCUGCGCUGGAACCGGGGCGUGCUCACUAGGCUCUUCCUGGAGGCUUAUAACGCGGAUAGGGAGGGGGAGGGAGGGACAGGGAAAGGUGGGGUUGGGGAAGGAGCAGGACGAGCAGGAGAGGGGGAGUCGGGGAUGAGGGGCAGCAGGGAGUGGGCUUUAAGGCUGAGAGCAUUGGGACUCAGGUUGCCACUGGCUACCGGCUGCUUCCUGCGCUUCCUGCUCAGACCAAAGCCCGAGGUGUGGCAACUCAUCCGGCCGUUUGAUCAGCAGCUGAGGGGCGAUCGGACGGUUUGUGAUUGGCCUGCACAUCCGGUUCGAGGACAGGGCAGUGUGGGGGGCGGAGGGGAGGGCAUGCCUUUAUCACUCUCUGAGGAGCGAGUGAGGGAGAUGGUGGAGGAAGUGAAACCCACACUCGAGUGUGCCAAGCGAGUGCAGGAGUGGUACGUGCCCUCUACCCUCUCCAUCAAGUGGCUGCUGCUCUGCAACUCCAUGCAAGUCAAGCACGCCAUUCGCGAGAAAUACCCAGACAAGGUGGUGACCACCGACUUCACUCCCCGCCACGCCAACAGCAUGGAUGCUGCGCACACCACCGGGCAGUCCCCAUCUUCUAAUGCAGAUGCUCCCUUCCAAGAGCUCAUAGCGGAGUGGCUGCUAUUGGCCUCCUCCCACUUCUUCGUCAUCCCCAACUCUGGCUUCUCCCGAACGGCUCUGCUCUACUCCAUGCACCCGGCAGGGUCUGCGUUUAUGCCUCCUGAUAACUGCUUCCCUGAGGCGCCGGUUAACCUCACGUGGCUGGGCACCACUUGGAGCAGGAUAUAGGACAGAGGGCACCGUGCGAAAUACCUUGUAUGCACCUGCUUUCGUGCCUCCAGAUAACUGCUUUGCCGAAGCCCCAGUCAACCUCACAUGGCUGGGCACCACUUGGAGCAGAAUAUAGGAGCGUGGGAAUGGUCAGCGUAGGUACCAUGCAUACAUGCAUUCAUGCACCCAGCAGGGUCUGCUUUUAUGCCUUCCUGAUAGCUGCCUUGCUGAAGUCCCUGUCAACCGCACAUGGCUGGGCACCACAUGGAGCAGAAAAUAGAAAAGUGAAGGUGAUCAGAGGGCUUGUAUGCAUAUGCCUCCAAGCACCCGUGCCGUCUGCUUUCAUGCUACACGCCUCCAGGGUAAUUGGCAACUUCGCAGAAACUGUCAACUUAUACAUAUUAGCUAUGUGGAAGUUAUAGGCUAGACUGGGGUAUGCUUCUAGUGAGUACAACCAACUAGU